AUAUAUAUUGACAUUUGAAAGAAAGCAUAAAGAGAGAGCUAUUUAACCUAAAACAGAUGGAGAAGAGGUUCUUUGGGGUUUUGCUGCUGCUGCUCAUUCUUUUCACCUCUCAAGAAGUGAUGGUACCAGCUGAAGCUAGGGUUUGUGAGUCACCGAGCCAUUAUUUCAAAGGACCAUGCGCAAGAGACCACAACUGUGCUAUGGUGUGUAGGAAUGAAGCUUUUUCUGGUGGCCGCUGCAAAGGAUUCCGUCGUCGCUGUUUAUGCACUAAGCUUUGCUAAUAGCCACUCAUCCCAUUCCAGGAAGAAGACGCUUAAUUUGUAGCUGCAUCUUUUUUUUUAUUCUUCAGUUUGUUUGUCAACUUGAAUGUAAUCCAGCUUUCUUCAUGUUAAAACUGAGACAUCUCUCUAUUAUAUAGCUGAUUAUUUAUCAGAAAA